CUUCAUUCAAUUUUGCUCCAAUAAAAAAAUGUUAGCCUACAGCAGCCUCAUCUCCUGCAACUUCUCUUCCUUUCCAGUGAAAAAUCAUAAUUUCAGAGUUUAUAACCAAAACCCUAACCUUAGAACCUCAUUUCUCAGAACCUCAUCUCCUUCUAUCUUUCUUGAACCCUACAACCACAGAACUAUAAUCUCUACAUUCCACAAAAAGGGUGUCCUCCAAAUCUGUCAGAAUUCAAUUAACAAUCAAAAUUCACAAGACCCUGUUUCCAACAGAGGAGCUUCCUUGGAAAGUGAGCUUGGUGACAAUGGAGGUCCUGGUGAAGGGGGCAGGGACUGGACAACCUCAAUUUUGAUUUUCCUGUUGUGGGGAGGACUCAUGUACUAUGUUUUCAAUUUAACACCCAACCAAACCCCGUCACGAGACGAGUAUUUCUUGAAAAAGCUCCUUAAUUUGAAAGGAGAUGAUGGAUUUCGGAUGAAUGAAGUGCUGGUGUCUCUGUGGUACAUCAUGGGUUUGUGGCCUCUAGUGUAUAGUAUGUUGUUGCUUCCGACAGGUAGAAGCUCAAGAGGCAGCAUUCCUGUUUGGCCAUUCCUCGUGCUCUCCUGCUUCGGAGGUGUAUAUGCACUUCUUCCAUAUUUUGUCCUUUGGAGACCACCACCUCCACCUCUUGAAGGAGCCGAGCUCGGUAGAUGGCCUCUAAAUUUUCUGGAAUCAAAACUCACUGCCGGGAUAUCACUUGCUGCAGGACUAGGAAUCAUCAUUUAUGCGGGUUUAGCUAAUGGAGAUGUCUGGAAAGAAUUUUUCCAGUACUUCAGAGAGAGCAAAUUUAUCCAUGUCACCUGCAUUGAUUUCACGCUGCUAUCAGCAUUUGCUCCUUUUUGGGUUUACAAUGAUAUGACUGCUCGGAAAUGGUAUGAGAAAGGUUUUUGGCUCCUUCCCUUAUCGUUGAUUCCAUUUUUAGGUCCUGCUUUGUACAUCCUCCUACGGCCAUCAGUAUCACAAGUGCCUGUGUCACUGAGCCCAAGUACAUCAGAAGAAAAGUAAUUGGAUUUACCCCGUGACCUCCCAUAUGUCCACUGCUCAGAGAAGGAAGCAAAGUAUUUUGGGAACCUCCCAAAUGCCAUUGUUGCACAAGGAUAUUAAAGUCGACGCUACUUGCUAGGAAGCUUUCCUGUCUUUGCUCUGUAAUGGAUUUACACAAACUGAGAAGCAAAGCUGCAAAAGACCAUUGAAAAUGCACACAUACAUGAUGCAUGAGAACCUACGAAAUCAUAUAUGUAUGUAUAGACACACAUAUUUAGUGUUCUGAUGGAUAAAUUUAACUAGUAACAAUAGACAAAAAUGAUUGAAUGCUAGUUGAAUAAAUGCGAUGAGGAAACUACUUGUUAGUGGUUACAUACCAAACCAGUAGGGUUGGAAUUCUAUCCAGGGAGGGCAGGGGAGUUGUAGAUCUCCUUAGAAAAUGCUCUCUUUAUGCCGAGGAUUAAUUCUGAGUAAAUUACAAGGUCAGGUUGGGUUGCUCUUUGCCUUUCAA